AUGCAUUUCACGAUAGAUGGUUUACCAAUUUAUUUUCCUUAUGACAAAAUAUAUCCCGAACAAUAUUCUUACAUGGCAGAUUUAAAGAAAGCAAUUGAUGUGAAAGGUCACUGCUUACUUGAAAUGCCUUCAGGAACUGGUAAAACAGUAUCAUUAUUGUCUCUAAUUAUAGCGUAUCAAAUGCAUUAUCCUGAAAAACGAAAAUUAAUAUAUUGUUCAAGAACAGUACCAGAAAUUGAAAAGGCUUUAGCAGAACUUCAAAAUUUGAUUGAUUAUCGAAGAUCGCAAGGUGUCGAAGAGUCAUUUUUAGGAAUUGGUCUUACUUCAAGAAAGAACCUUUGUUUGCAUCCUACUGUUAGUAAACAAAAAUGGGGAAAAACGGUCGAUGCUAAAUGCAGAAACUUAACUGCUUCUUGGGUAAGAGAUAAAGUUAAUGAGAAUGUAGAAUUAUGUAAUUUUUAUGAGACGUUAGAAUCGUAUGACCCACAAGAAUUGUUGCCUGAUGGUGUUUAUACAUUAGAAGAUUUGAGAAAUUUUGGUAAAGACAAUUCUAUUUGUCCAUAUUACUUGGCUAGGAGAAUGAUUCCAUUCGCAGACGUUGUAAUAUAUAGUUACCACUAUUUACUCGAUCCAAAAGUUGCGGAAUUAGUUUCAAAAGAAAUGUCUAAAGAUUGUAUAGUGGUCUUUGAUGAAGCACAUAAUAUUGAUAAUGUAUGCAUAGAAUCAUUAAGUAUUGAUCUUACAAAACCUAAUCUGGAUGCAGGUGCAAGAAGUAUUGCUAAUUUAACUGAAAAAAUUGAAGAAGUCAAAGCAAAAGAUUCUGAAAAAUUAGUAGAUGAAUAUUCAAAACUAGUUGAAGGAUUAAAAGCCGCUAGAGAAGCCAGAGAUGAAGAUAUGUUUAUGGCAAAUCCAGUAUUGCCAAAUGAUUUACUAGAAGAAGCUGUACCCGGAAAUAUUCGAAAAGCAGAACAUUUUGUUGCCUUUCUUCGAAGAUUUAUUGAAUAUCUCAAAACAAGAAUGCGAAUACAACAUGUUGUUGCUGAAACUCCAAAUUCAUUCCUUCUACAUUUAAGAGAAUUAACUUUUAUUGAGAAGAAGCCAUUGAGUCAAAGAUUAACUUCAUUGGUUCGUACUUUGGAAUUAACAGACCUUGAUGAAUAUUAUGCAUUACAUAAAGUUGCAGCCUUUGCAACUCUCUUGGCUACUUAUGAUACGGGUUUCUUAUUAAUUUUGGAACCAUUUGAAAAUGAAACUGUUCCAAAUCCCAUUCUUCAUUAUGCGUGUCUUGAUGCUUCAAUAGCAAUAAGACCUGUAUUUCAAAGGUUUAAAACUGUAGUAAUAACAUCAGGGACAUUAUCACCUCUUGAUAUGUAUCCUAAAAUGUUGUCAUUCAAUGCGGCUAUACAAGAAAGUUAUUCAAUGACGCUUACUAGGAAUUGUUUCUUACCCUUAGUUAUUACAAGAGGAAGUGAUCAAGUAGCAAUUAGUUCAAAGUUUGAAGUCAGAAAUGAUCCGGCUGUGGUAAGAAAUUUUGGACAAAUUCUAGUUGAAUUUUCUAAAAUUGUACCAGAUGGAAUAGUAGCAUUUUUUCCAAGUUAUUUAUAUAUGGAAUCUAUCGUUGCAAUGUGGAAUGACAUGGGAAUAUUAAAUGAGGCAUGGAAACACAAACUAAUAUUUGUAGAAACGCCAGAUGCGGCAGAAACAAGUCUCGCACUUGAAAAUUAUAGAACCGCAUGUGAUAAUGGACGUGGCGCCAUAUUAUUAUCUGUUGCUCGUGGUAAAGUAUCAGAAGGUAUAGAUUUUGAUCAUAAUUAUGGACGUGCUGUAAUUAUGUUUGGUGUACCUUAUCAAUAUACCGAAAAUAGAAUACUAAAGGCAAGACUGGAGUUUUUAAGAGAGAAUUAUCGAAUACGAGAGAAUGAUUUCUUAACAUUUGAUGCUAUGCGUCACGCGGCUCAAUGUGUUGGUAGAGUAUUAAGAGGAAAAACAGAUUAUGGUCUUAUGAUAUUUGCCGAUAAGCGAUUUGGAAGAGGAGACAAAAGAAAUAAGUUACCAAAAUGGAUUAAUCAAUAUAUAACAGAUACUGCAACAAAUUUAUCAACAGACAUGGCAUUAGUUAUAGCCAAAAAAUUCUUAAGAUCAAUGGCGCAACCAUUUGAUGAUCAAAUGGGGGUUAGUUUAUGGACAGUAGAAGAUAUUGAUUCUAAACAACGUGGUAGUAGUCAUUUAAGUGGUGUAGGGUUUGGAGGGAGAAUUAUACAAGGUUAA